AUGGCCGCCGAAGAACCCGCGGCCGCCGCUGCACUUAUCUCGGCCCUCAAUCUACUCCCCCACAUCGAAGGCGGCUACUUUGUCGAAACCGACCGCGACCCCAUCUCCCUCCCGAGCCCGUUCGAGCCCGACUCCGCCGACAACAACAGUAAGGACGAUAGCAAAGAUGACAGCAACAACACACGCAACCGCUCGACGCUCAUCUACUACCUCCUCACGCGCCGCUCGCCGCUCGGCAGAUUCCACCGCAACAAAGGCCGAACGAUCCACCUCCUGCACUCCGGCCGUGCGCGCUACGUGCUCGUCCACCCCGACGGCUCCGUCGAGACCUUCGUCGUCGGCCACGACGUCGCGAACGGCGAACGCCUGCAGUGGAUCGUCGAAGGCGGCGACUACAAGGCCUCCUUCCUCCUCCCCGACGACGACACUCACGACCACUGUCUCAUCUCCGAAGUCGUGAUCCCUGGGUUCGACUACCGCGACCACAACUUUCUGAGUUCUCGCCAAGAGCUCGUCGACCUUGCUGGCGAGCAAUUUGCCAAGGACUACGCCUGGCUCCUCACCAAACCGGCCACUGCACCAGACCACCCACUAUAG